CCUUCAAAAGAAAUGAAGGUGUUGGUCACAGGCGCAACUGGUUACUUGGGGGAGAAACUGUGCAGGAGAUUACUGAAGGAAGGUCACACUGUGCGGGCAUUCGUACGGCCGACCAGUGACCUUUCCUCCCUUCCUCCUAAUGGCGAUGAUGGAGGCGCAGAAGGUGCCUUUGAGCUUGCUUACGGCCAUGUCAACGACUACCCAUCUCUGCUCAGGGCCUCCGCAGGGUGCCAAGUCGUCUUCCACGUUGCUGCCAUCGUCGAACCAUGGCUCCCUGACCCUUCAAGAUUCUUCUCUGUCAACGUUGAGGGUCUCAAGAACGUGUUGCAAGCAUGUAAGGAGACAGCCACAGUUGAGAAGAUCAUUUACACUUCAUCAUUCUUCGCUCUUGGCCCCACGGAUGGUUACAUCGCCGAUGAGAUCCAAAUUCAUCCCGAGAAGUUCUUCUGUACCCAGUAUGAGAAAUCAAAGCUCCUCGCUGAUAAGGUCGCCUUACAAGCUGCAGCCAAUGGGUUGCCCAUUGUGGUCGUUUACCCUGGUGUCAUUUAUGGGCCUGGCAAGGUCACCGCUGGAAAUGUCAUGGCCCGUAUGAUGAUUGAGCGUUUUAAUGGGCGAUUACCUGGAUAUGUGGGCUCUGGGAAUGAUAAGUUUUCAUUUAGCCAUGUUGAGGAUGUGGUUACCGGACAGGUAGCUGCAAUGCACAAAGGUCGAUUGGGUGAGAGAUACCUUCUUACAGGAGAAAAUGCCUCUUUUGUGCAUGUUUUUGAUGUCGCUGCUAUCAUCACCAAUACACAAAGGCCUUGGUUUCAUAUCCCUAUGUGGAUGGUGGAGGCUUAUGGAUGGGUAUCGAUCCUGCUUUCUAGAAUCACUGGAAAGCUACCUCUAAUCAGCCCUCCGACAGUCUAUGCUUUGAGACAUCAGUGGGCAUAUUCAUGUGAGAAGGCAAGAGUGGAGCUAGGUUAUAACCCUAGAAGCUUGAAAGAAGGUCUUGAGGAGGUACUUUCAUGGCUAAAGAGCUUGGACUUGAUUACAUACUGAGAAAGACUACUCCAAAUCUGUGUUGAGGCUUACUGACAAUUGUGCUGCAUGCUGUGGCCAUAAACCACUAGAGGGUGCUCUUCCUUGGAAUAAUCUCCUAUCUCCUUCUCUGUAAACCAUGCAUUUACUUUGUUCCUGAUGCCUACAAGUGUUUGGGACUUUUAUUGUGAAUGGUUUAUUUGCAAUGAACAAGAUAGAUGUAUACAACAACUUCACAUCAAGCAAAUUGAAAGAUA